CAACAGCAGCCACAACAGCAGCAGCAGCCACAACAACAGCACAGCAGCAUCAACAUCAACAACAGCAGCAACAGCAGGUUCAGCAGACCCAUCAUCAUCAGCAUUCUUCACAGCAGCCCCAGCAAAUACAGCACCAAAUGGGAGCUGGGGGUCAUCACCAGGUCCACCUGCCACAUUUAGUGCCACCAGUUGCACAUGCCCAAACUAGUGGGUCUCAAGGCACCAACGACCAUAUGUCACAGUCACCAGGUGCAAAGGUGGAGUUCUCUCAGCCAAAGCAGUACACAGGCUUUAAAAGUGUUGUUGAUGCUGCAGCUCAGGUCACUCUAUCCUCGCAUCAUGUUUCUGGGGAUACAAGAGAAGGUGGUGAAGUGCCUAGGACCCCAGAGAUGUGGUCUUCACAGCAGGGUGUAGCUCGAGCACCUGUUGACUUGAGUGAGUGGAAAGGGCAUAGAGUACUUGCUAAACGUGGCCCGCACUACUAUCCUGCAGUGAUUAGGAGUGUUAAAAAUGGAUGUGAUCUUAUAGUGAGGAUUGAUGCUGAUCCAGCUAGUGAUAUCUUGUACAGCAAUGUUUUUACCACUGGAAAAUUUGAUGUUAUAAGUGAUGCAGUUCCAUCAGGGAAACAGCUAGUGGAAGGAGCACGUGUAGUGGUACGUUUGGAUAAGGAACAACAAAUGUUCUCAGAGGGUGUUGUGUAUGAACGUCAAGGUUCACCAACUUGUCAGUACCUGGUGAGAAUCAGUGGGGAGGCAGGCAGUCAGGGCUCAGCUGUUACCAAUAACCAUUGGCUGUUACGACCACAUCUACGGUUGUUACAGCCUCCAUGGUGGGAGGACCUUGAGCCCCAUGGACAAUCAUCUGUCUUAUCCACGGGACCCCAUCAGUAUAGUUCUCAUAAGCCUGGUGGUUAUCUCCCACCAAGCUACCAGGAAACUCCAUCCCAGCACCUAGUACCUGCUGGACCUCCUUAUUCCAUUGUACCAACUAACUAUGGUACCAUUACACCUCCCAACCAUGUAACACCACCUGGCAGUGUAGCCAUGACACCACUCAGUGGUCAGUCAGGGUCUGCUGGUCUGAGCUCUGGGUCUGAAGAGUUGAGGAGAAGACAUGAUGAAUAUGACAGUGAUGAUGACCUUGGAAGAGAGGAUAUUACAUUUCCUUCAGAAACAGGUCACUAUAGUGGUAACCACAGGUCGCUGUCCCUGACUCCAGGUGCUUUGGGUAGUAAAUACAUGGGGGAUCCCAAAAGGGCCUCUAUGCACAGCCGUGGGUCUACCUCAAGCCUGAUUGAGCAUGGCAGUAUUGGGACCACCACACCAAGAUCGACUCCAGUGACACCAAGAUCUAACUUAACCCCGCUUUAUACAAAAAAUGAAGCUUUGUUAACAUCGAAUUGUAUUCGUAAGAAAUUCAAUGGGAAACAGUGGCGGCGGCUCUGUGGGAAGGAUGGAUGCAGCAAGGAGAGUCAGAGACAGGGAUAUUGUUCCAGACAUCUUUCCAUGUAUGGCAAAAGGCUUCGAAGCUCAUCCAUUACCUUCAGUGCUGGGAAAGACACUCCGAGUGUUGAAGGGAACUGGGAAGAGAUGUCAUGUGAUUCGGAUACAUCUCCAAACUUUAAUCUCACUGCCCCAAGAUCCCAGGAUGAAACUGAGGCUGCAAACAUGCUGAUGACGCUUAGCAACUCCUCGAGAUCUACAACCCCUGCGGGCGGUUUCUCUCCAACAUCCAUAUCACCAAGAGCUAUCCAGAGUCCUGUAACUGUGGGUCCCAGAGGAAAUGUUUUUAUGCCCAUCUCUCAACCUGGCGCCCCAAUUACAUCUCCUACUGGUCGCCAGUGGGCCUCACACGACCAUGUCAGUAGACAUCCUGCACCUGCUCUCCCUCAAAGACAGCCUAUUAUUCGGCCAGAACUAGUUCGUCCAGUGACCAAACUGCCAUCAACAGUUAGCCAAGCAACGGGUGGCACGAGUGUGAUCCGAGCCUCCCCUAGCCAUGCCAUGCCUGUGGGUCAACCCCAUGGUGUAUCAUCAGCCCUUAGUAUUCAGGGUCCUCAGGCAACUUUGGCAAUGACAGGGCCCUCAGGCAUGAGACUGCAUCAGGCACCUGAUUCUGUCAUACAAGAUGGAAGAGGUGUCCUUACUAUCCACCCUCAUGUGAGCACCUUGAGCAGCCAGGUGAUUACAACCUCUUCCCAAGGCCAUCAUGAGAAGAUAAUGGAUUCAGGAGAAGCAGUUGUCUCAGAAGCUGGUCAGUCAUCUGCAGUCAUCUUGGAGAAAGCUCUCACCUCUGCUAGUGAAUCCAAACCAGAUUCUGAACCGCAACCCCAGGAUCUCUCUAAUAGAUUUCGGCCAAUUGAGAGAUUGGGGUUUAGUAAUGAACAACCCGACAUUGCAGACAUGAAGUCGGGGAAUGAUGGGGAAGGGCACAUGGGAGGUUCUGGGGAGCAGGAAGGACUGUUGUUGCGUGCCAGUAGUGCUACUGUUAGAGAAGGUAAAAUAAAUACAUCUGAUCAGAUGACUACAAUAGAAACUGUAGGUAUCAAAAAAGAGGAAACUCCAAAUCAGAGGACUGUUGUGAAAACAGAAGUGAUGCCACUAACAACCUCAUAUUUAACUGGGCCAAACUCAGGAGCUGUGAUAAUAACUCAGCCAAGAAGCCAUGUGUCGCUUCCUUCUACAGACCAUGUUAUGGUUGAUGCUUCAUCUGGGAAAGAGGAAGAGGGAAGGGAAGUUACUUGGGAUCAACAACAAAACCAACCCAUGUAUCACUGGAGUCAGCUUGUUCCUCUCAUUACUACACCCAAUAGGAAUGCAAAUAAUCAACAGCCGCCAAAAAACGAGAUUGAAGUCAAACCAGCAACUAAUGGUGAUGUGAUAACUAAUGGCAAGGGCAUAGCAGAGAGCAUGAAUGAUGGAGUUGCUGGGAAUAACAGAACGAGAGAAGAUGGACAAGAGCGGAGAGAGUCAUGCAGUCAGGAAACGGACUUCGACAUGACGGCGGAUGAUGAUGAUGUUUUCCUGACUGAUCUAGAUAACACUGCCAGUACGAAUAAUAAGAGAAGAACUCAGUCCUUGGGGUCAUUUUCUGGGAAGGAGGAGCCAAAGAGUCCAAGAAAGGGAAAAGGUGAAAGGGAGCACAUACGAAGACCAAUGAAUGCAUUCAUGAUCUUCAGCAAGCGACAUAGGCCAUUAGUACAUCAGCGAUACCCUAACCAAGAUAACAGAACUGUUUCUAAAAUCCUAGGAGAAUGGUGGUAUGCCCUAGGACCUGAAGAAAAGCAGAAAUAUCACAGCCUUGCCUCUGAGAUUAAAGAGCAUCACUACCGAGCCCAUCCUGACUGGAAAUGGUGCAGCAAAGAUCGACGCAAGUCAUCCACCAGCUCUAACAAGGGAGAUGGUCCCCCAUAUACCCCAGGAGGACCAAUAUCAGAAGGAAUGCCUCUUACUCCAGGGGGCCCUAACAGCAGUGGCCCACCCUUGACUCCAAAUGUCACCUCAGCACCUCUCACCCCUGGUCCCCAGGAUCCACCCACCUCCACAGCAAGGAAAAUCCCAAGCUCUGUAUCAGGAAACCAGCUGACCAUAUCACAACCAACCACUAUGACUAACAAUGUGCAGAUUUCAGUGCCUGGACAUGGUACAAAUGCCAGUGGGCCAAGAAGAGAUACCAUUGGCUCAGAGGUGUCAGAUGAUGACUCCAAGAUGGUUAUAUGUGAGGAAGGAGCAGCUGAGGGGAAUGGAGAUAAAACAAGUGUUAAAACAGAUGUGAAUAGUGAGAUAGAUUUAGCGUGUAAAGAGCGUGUAGGUGAUUCAGAUUCUGAAACUCAGAGUGACACAGAAGUUAGUGAGCGGUUGCGAAGACCUUAUUCUCCUCCAGGUAGUGGAGAUGUAAAGUACAAGCCGAAGCCAAUUAAAGGAAGACCAUCUCUUUCAACAGAGGAAGUAGUUACACUUUAUGGCCCAACAGGUUCAGCUCAGUUAGGGGCUGAUCAGCUUAAUGCUGCUGGUAAACCGUCGCCUAUUCACUUGCCUUCUACCCCAACAUUCCACAUGCCUUCUACAUCUUCAUUGCAGUCAACAGGCAGUGCCUUCAGGUCAAUGCCACCUUCCCCAAAGGUGAGGAGUGUUGGAGAGAACAAUAUUCUGCAGCAAGAGAAUGAAAAAGGCACAGGGUCCUCAGCCAACCUUGGUGCCAAUAUCAAGAUCAUUAGCAAUGUGUCUUCACCAGCUGGGCAACGAACUGUUAUGAAGACCAAUCAAAUCAAGUCUAUUCAUAACCUCACUGUCACCACCCAGGAGAGGAAACCUGUGUUAGUUGACACACCAAUUAGUCUGCGCACAAGCAAGAGUGACAGCAAUAAGACUAACUUAGGAGGUGUUGCUGGCACAGGUGUUACACUCCCAGCUGGAACACAGGUUAUCCCAAGCAGUGGUCAGCAGGUGUAUCACUCUGGGAUCAUCACCACUACUGCUUGUUCAACCACUACAUCUGGAGGAACCAUUCCUAAAACUGCCAUUUUAAUGCCAUCAGGCCAUUAUGCCUUACUGAAUACUGGUGUUAAAGGUGGUACUUUAGUGGCCCCUGGUGGAAACUCUCCUAUGCACGUCACCAAUGUGGUAGUGAAAACAACCCCAGCAACCCCAGUAGGUAGCCAACCAAGUGUAACCAAAGCAGUCUCAACAGGGUCUGGUCAACCUACACAUGUGCAAUACCUUGUUCCGUCUUUCACUCAAGAUGGCAAGCUGAUACUGGGAAGUAACUUAAUUGUGUCAGCAGACCCUGCUAAACAGUUGACUGUUACCCCAGUCUCUUCCGCAGCAGGAAUGAGGAUGGUUCCGUCCACAGGAGUGACGACCACAGAUCCAGGGGGUGUCAUCAAAACCAUAACAAUGGCUGGAGUACCGAAAACUACAGUUGCUUCACAAGCUCAGGGAAUGGUGUUGAUCUCAGGGUCACGACAAGGAAUUGGAACUGUUGGACCUCAGCUUGGAGUUAGUCAAGCAGUUUCCCUUACACAAGCAUCUUAUCAGACACUCCCAGCAGGUCGAGGGUCAGGAGGAGCUGCAGCAGUUGUGACAAACUCUCCAGCUGCAGGGUCCAUAGCUGCCAUAUCUUUUCCUGUGCAACAGUCAUCACCUCCACAACAAUUGCAACACUCACAACAGCAACAACAGCAAAUACAACAGCAGCAGCAACAACAGCAACAACCACCUCCACAACAGCAGCAACCACAGCAACAGCAGAAGAUAAAAGCCCAGGUAGCAAACAUACCUCUUGCAACCACAGGGUCUGGCAUAGCAGGAGCUGGAACUGAGGAAGAGAAUUUAGAUGAUAAACCAAAAUUUAUUCUUGCACCAACCCCUGCCCAGCUAGGCAAAGCUCCAAGGCAAAAGAGACAGUCCUCAACAGGACAAAACUCUGCAAUAGCAGAUACCCCACCACAACUGUCUCCAGAUAUAAAGAUGGCACCCCCACAGCCACCCAGUGGAGAGACCAAGGUGUCUCCAGGAGGAGGCAACAGCAGUGAAAGUGAUUUAGCUGGAGUUCAGCACAUGGCAUCGGUUCCCCCAUCUCCCAGUGGGAAGAAAAGUUUCUUCAAGAAAAAUAUAGAGGAUGGCAUGGACAAGGUCUUAGAACAAGUAAACUUUGAACAGAAGUUUGUGGCACUCCCGGAGUUUAACCCUGAUGAGGUCCAGUCUCCAAAUGUUAACACUAACACCGUCCCUUCUGUUCCAUCAUCCCCUCGCACAUUUAUCAGUUCAUAUAGAAAGAAGAGAAAGCUUUCCACUGGAGGUGAGGAAUCCGAAGCCGAAACCCCCAUGAGCGUCACCCCCCACCUGACUCCGUCACUCACUCCAUCAUCCACACUACAGGGAUCCAAGUUCUUCCCUCCUGAUUUCAACCCUGAAACUUUCAAAGAACCCAGACCUGAAACAGCUGAUAUAGACUCUCCAGCUGGUGGACGUUCACCUAGAACUCCCAAAACUCCACGUGAUGCAGAUAAAAGUCACUCUUCCCUAAGACAUAUUCUUGACCAGCGUCGCGCUCUUGUCAUGCAACUGUUUUCAGAAUAUGGCUGGUUUCCAUCUAACCAGGCAGUAUCAGCAUUCCAAGCACGUAAUUCUGAUAUUUUCCCCACCAAGAGCUGCCUUAUCUUAAAGAUUCGUGAAGUACGACAAAAAGUUCAUCAGAACACUCCAAACACUCCAGGUGUACCAAGUAGUCCCAACCCAGCUGCUGCUGCAUCACAUGGAGCACCAGUGCAUCCGCAACUUUCUCACAAUAAUCAUAACAGUGCAAGAGGAUCCCUACCUGCAGCAGUGCCAACGUCAAGCCAAGCCUCCACCACGCUCCCCGUGACCACGUAAUGAUAAAUUAUUGCUAGAUUGUUAAGUCAUUGUUAAUUUUCAUUUUGUUUUACCGGUGUCAAACAUCAUAAUAAAAGAAAUAUAUUAUUGGUAUCUCUAGUGCUUGAUAUUAUCAACAAGUCUGUGAUUUUUUUCCAUCAAUAUUCAAGAAGCUAUAGUUGUGAUCAGUGGUUUUGAUGAAUCCUCCACUGUAGAUCCUGCCUGCCACCCAUGCUGCCCGUGCAUUGUUGCUCAAUUGUUGCCUCUGUGAACUUGUGGCAGGAUCAGUGACUUUGGACUUUCAGUAUGACAGUAAACAAGGUAUAUUUGUCUAUGUGGAAACUGUUGAACUCAGAGGUACCUCUGAAGAUCAACUCACUGGUGAUGUCACAGAUAUCAUUUAGAUGUUGCUCAUAUUUGAACUGAUGAUGCUUCAAUGUUUUUACCUGAGAAGACAUCUAAUGGAGACCUUUAAUCAGCAUAAAUGAAAAGGUAAAAAAGUUUUAAAACAAGUUUUGUAAUUUUCAAAUAGCUCUGCCUAAGAAGUGAUAUAGUUUGUUAUUACAAAGUUCUAGUACAUUAUCUGAUUGCUUGGAAUUUUUACAACUGUCUUGUAUUUUGUAUUGUAAGACAUUACUUGCGUGUAUGUGAGUGUUGUGUUUGUGUAUCUUUCUUUCUGUGCAACACAGAACAAUGGCUGAGUAGUUCUAAGGGCACACAC